ACAUCAAUAAUAGCAAUGGGUACAUAUUAUAUUAUGAUUUUAUAGGUGGCCUGGUUCAGUCCUUGAUAGCACAGUUUUUGAUAAUAGCAUGAUAAGAGCUCAAUUUAAAAAUUAUGAAUUUGGAAAUUGCUUUUUAUUAGGAGAUGGUGGGUAUCCUUGUCGUGACUACCUUAUGACUCCUCUCCUUAAUCCUAAUACUGAGGCAGAGAAACGAUUUCAGAGAGCCCACAUUGGCUCAAGAAACGUUGUGGAAAGGAUGUUUGGUGUGUGGAAACGGAGAUUUCCUGUGUUAGCAGUAGGAAUACGUACACAGCUGAACACAACUAUGAUGACAAUUGUUGCUACUGCUGUUUUAUAUAAUAUGUUGAAACAGCAAAAUGAUGAAAUGCCAGAAGAUCAUGACAAUAUAAUAAAUAAUGAAUUAUUAAAUGCAGUUUAUGUUAACCCUGCUAGACAGGUACUAGACGGGUAACUUAGU